UUCCUCCCGCCUCUCUUAUCAAUGAAGUGCGGCACACAUUUUGGAGCAUCUCAGCUUGUUUGCAGUCUGAAGGCGCAGGGAUGCCCGAUGCAGGAACAGACAUGGGGACGGACAGCGGGAGGAUUCUGGGGGUGAAAGCUCCCGUGGCUCCCGCAGGAACAGAAAACACCCCUCCUUCGUCUCUGAGCAGCGGUCUUCAAGCUGACAUCCUCCGAAACUUUUACCACACGAAAAGAGUUGGGAAUUAUCUGAUCGGGAGGAAGCUGGGAGAGGGCUCGUUCGCCAAAGUGCGAGAGGGGCUUCACGCGAUCACCGGCGAGAAGGUUGCAGUGAAAGUGAUUGACAAGAAGAAGGCCAAAAAGGACUCGUAUGUCACAAAGAACUUGCGUCGUGAAGGAAUUAUUCAGCAGAUGAUCCGGCACCCCAACAUCACCCAACUGCUGGACAUCCUGGAGACGGAAAACAGCUACUAUCUCGUCAUGGAGCUCUGCCCUGGUGGAAACCUCAUGAACCAUAUUUAUGAGAAGAAACGGCUGGAAGAAAGAGAAGCCCAGAAAUAUGUACGCCAGCUAGUCAUGGCAGUGGAGCACCUGCACAGAGCAGGAGUUGUUCACAGAGACUUAAAGAUUGAAAAUCUCCUCCUUGAUGAACAAGACAACAUAAAGCUGAUCGAUUUUGGACUUAGUAACUGUGCGGGCAUUCUGGGAUACUCUGAUCCCUUCAGCACACAGUGUGGCAGCCCAGCAUACGCCGCCCCUGAGCUUCUCUCAAGAAAGAAAUACGGGCCCAAAGUGGAUGUCUGGUCAAUAGGGGUGAACAUGUAUGCUAUGCUGACCGGUACCCUACCGUUCACCGUGGAGCCAUUUAGCCUGAAAGCCCUGCAUCAGAGGAUGGUGGACAAGGAUAUGAACCCUCUACCUCCAUCUAUCUCUUCAGCUGCCACCAGUCUGCUGAAGAAACUUCUCGAGCCUGACCCCGACAAGAGACCUAACGUCAACCAAGUGAUGACAGACCCGUGGCUGCAGUUGGGAAACCCCCACACUGGAAUUCCUUACUUAAAUAGGAUCCACAUUGAGGAGAUCAACCACACUGUUCUGCUCCACAUGAUAGAGAAAAUGGACUACAAACACAGUGAGGUUCUGAGCGCGGUGCUCACUAACAAAGCUUGCCACACGCUGACUGUGUACUUCCUCCUCAACAACAAGAUGAAGAGACUCUCAAAAGAGUACAGGGAGAAACAGUACAACAAGGAGGAGGAGAAAACGAGCGAGCUGUUCCAGACUCAAUGGAGGAAGCACAUCGAGAAGAUUACGAUUCCACCCAAGCAGACGCCCGCGUAUCUCGCUGUGAACAAAGGUCCCAUCAAGGAGAAGAAACACAGAAAUGGUCUUCUGAAAGCUGUGACUGGAGGUUUUAAAGAUGUUUACUCAGGACGUGAUGGUUGCAUCACCUCAUCCUCUCUGGAGUACAUGGAGAUCCACCCCCUGUACCCGACCCCACAGUCGACCCCAACCCAUCCUACACCCGAGACCCAGCCGGACCAGAAAGACAGCUCCAAAGAUUCCCCAAAAGCUGUCAACGUCCCCGCUCGCCCACCUUCCUCCCUUGGCGCUCAUUCCUGGGCUUCCGCAAGCAAGGAUCCGAGCAAGGACACUCCUCCAUCACCAUGGUACAAACUGACCAACGGAGAGCUCUCUCCACCUCGACACGUGUCUGCUUUUCAGCCCGAUAGUUCGUACUUGAAGAAGGCCACGAUCCCAAUCAUACCUUUUCUCAUCGUCAAACCUCAACCCAAGAAAGCUUCAGAGUGCACAAGCUACUCAGAGUCAACUGGUAGCCCACCUAGCAGCGUGGGUAGCGAUGAACCCAACAGCCCACCUUUUCACAUCAUCAAACCUCAACCCAAGAAAUGUCCUCCUGCUUCAGAGUGGUCAAGCUCCUCAGAGUCAAGCAGUAUCCCGCCUAGCAGCAGGGGUAGCGAUGAACCCGACAGCCCUCAGCAGCGCAUCAAGUUCCCUUCCAUGGGCAUCGGGCAGAUCUUAAAGAAAAAGUUUCAGCUGCCCCCCUUCAAGCCAGAGCGUGUGGUGGAAGUGGAGUCUCCAACUCCCUACCAUCUGCAAACUCUGAUCUGUGCCACAGGGGCUCUCAAAACCCUGUGCUGAGAAAAAGAAAUAUUAGAUUAUAUAAAGUCAGAUGUAUGCAGUAACAUGUUAUCUUACCAACAAUGCUCACAGUUUUUCAGUUGGGCUUCCCACACAUAUAUAUGGACUUAUAGGCUCUGAACACUGUGUAAAAUUAGAUCUUGAGGUUACAUAGCCCCAGGACAGUAGACACUGAGCGUCGAGUUCAUAUGCAGCAACACAUACAACACGAUUCUAGUCCAAGUGCCAUGUAGCAGCUUAGCCACAACCUUUAACGCACAAUUCUUCUCUGAAACAAAGCUGUCACUGCCCACAAUAAUGUGUGUACUAAUAUGUGUUCAUGUACAGUAAUACAACUAAGACUGUUAAUGAAUGGCUGGAGGAGUUUUUGACAGCGUGCUUAUUUGAUCAAACAAUAUUAGUGAUUUUUAAGCUCUUACUGUAUUUAACCUCAAAUUGUAAUGACACUCAGGUCAACAAUGCUGAACUUUUCUAAUUGCCUCACUUUUAACCUGUAGUUAAACUGUCAACAUUUAAUUGGAAGAUGACAUUCCUUGUUUUUCCUCUUUAGGGGAUUGCUGGCAUUUUGUAUAGCCUUAAAUACCUUGCAUUCAGCCUUUGUGCUGUAAUGGAAGAUUUUCAGCGUUAUUUGAACUCUUAGUGAAUAAGAUUCAUUUUACCUACAAAGUAAAUGUUGGGUGAAAUAAUAGAUUGUGCAAUAGUGUGUAUAUAUUUGAUGGCAGACCUGGUUAUAACCAGGGUGGUGUUUUCUCUCCAUAGAACACAAGUGUCUUUCAUUCCAUGUGUUUAAAGAUGAUUCAUGCUGUCAAUACACAUUAGAUUCACAAAGCAGACCUCUUUCACAGUCUUCACAUGCACCGAAGAGUAUAAGCUGUGAAAACAUUUUUUCUCAUCUCAGCUACACUUUUGCAUGCAUACCAGGAUUUAAAAAAAAAACAAUGUGAUGUCAGUUUUUUGGUGACACGUCUUUGUACUUUUGUUACGGUGAAGAGGAAUUUUAAGGUCUUUUGUAAGUUUUGUAUUGAUUUUGAUUUUUGCCAAGUAAAAAAAAAAAAGAUUUUCUAAUGCUGUAAAAAAGAUUUUAAAUAUUUAUAUUUAAAAAUAUUAUUUCUGUUCUGAAUUUUCUAUUUUAAAUCGGCAUGUAUUAAUUCUUUGACACAAAUAA